AUGCAAAAUAAAUAAACGGAGGCUUGUCUAAAAUAAACAUUUGAACGAACAACCGCAAUACAAAUAUAUUCUUUGUAAUUACUUAAAGGUUAUGUUUCGAUAAUUACAACGAAUGUUUUACUAUGCACUCCGUGAUAAAUCUGUAAGCUUCAUUAACAUCUGAAAUGUCUCGAAUAUGCUUGUUGCUGUGUCUGGCUUCGAUAUUCCUGGUGCAACAAGUUGCAAGUUCAUCGGAAUGGAGUUACAUUUGUCAAAAAGGUAACUGCUUGAAAGUGCGAGCCGAGCAGAAGGAGUCUGCCAUAAGCUUGGGAGCUUGCCGCCUGAUGUGCAGCAGCUAUGCGUCUUUAUGGCCGAAACCGACUGGUAAAAUGGAGUUCAAGAAAUCACUCAUACAAUUGAAUGUGAACAGUAUUGACGUGUUGAUGCCGGGCGAAGAUACGCCGGUGAAGAGGUUGGUCUCAGCAGCAGCGCAGCGUUUCAAAAAGAACAUUGAUCUUCUUGCACCGGAAAAUGGCAGAAAACCGGGCGGCAGAAGUCUGGUAGUCAAUUUGCACCUGAAGAAGACUGGAAGCGAUAAAGUUGUUUACCAGCAAGACGAAACCUACAGUCUUAAUGUGUCCGUGCACACCGAUGGCAGGAUAAUCAGUGAUAUUGAAGCUGAGAACUUUUACGGCGCACGUAACGGUCUCGAAUCUUUAAGCCAACUUAUUAUCUGGGAUGAUAUUCGAAGCGAGUACCAAAUGUUGGAUUCCGUCUAUCUGAAGGAUGGUCCUGUCUACCCGCAUCGUGGUAUAUUGUUGGAUACGGCUCGAAACUUCAUCUCUACCGAUUCCAUCAAGAGGACGAUAGAAGCGAUGGGGGCGUCCAAGCUGAACAUCUUCCAUUGGCACAUCACCGACAGUCAAAGCUUUCCCUAUACCUCCAAAUCUGCACCGUACCUGACGAAGCUCGGAGCCUACACGCCAAGCAAGGUCUACUCCUCGCAGGAUGUGGACGAGAUCAUUGCUUUCGGCAAGGUGCGAGGCGUUAAAGUUUUGCCAGAGUUUGAUGCUCCCGCUCACGUAGGUGAAGGUUGGCAGGAUACCGGUUAUUUGGCUUGCUUCGAUAAGAAGCCAUGGCAGAAAUAUUGCGUGGAACCUCCAUGCGGUCAGCUAGAUCCCACACAGGACGGAAUGUACGACGUGUUAGAAUUGAUCUACAAAGAUAUGAUUGAACAGUUCGAUCCGGACAUAUUCCACAUGGGCGGCGAUGAAGUGCACGAAGGCUGUUGGGAUUCCGAAAGAAAAAUUGCCGAAUGGAUGACAGAUAACAAUUAUACCCUCAACGAAGCCGGUUUCAUAAAACUUUGGGAUAAAUUCCAAAGAGAAGCGCUGAAGAGGUUCACCAAGCAGAGGGGUUACGAUGUACCUAUAAUCCUCUGGACAAGCACGCUUACUGACGAAAAGUAUUUGAUGAAAUACUUGCCAAACAGCACUUACAUCAUUCAAAUCUGGACGACGGGCAGCGACAAGCAAAUCAGAGUGCUGCUCGAGAAUGGUUAUAGGACAAUUCUCAGUAACUACGAUGCUUUAUAUUUCGAUUGCGGAUUCGGCAGUUGGGUUGCGGAUGGUAACAACUGGUGUUCACCCUACAUCGGGUGGCAAAAAGUGUAUGAAAAUAGCCCUGCCAAAAUUGCAGGUAAAUACAGCCAUCUGAUGAUGGGGGCCGAAGCUGCUUUGUGGACUGAACAAUCUGACGAUGCUUCUGUGGAUGGUCGAAUCUGGCCUAGAGCCGCUGCAUUGGCUGAAAGACUUUGGGCCGAACCGAAAUCGACGUGGAAAGAUGCGGAAGACAGAUUUAUGAUACACAGAGAAAGGCUAUUGAAGUUUAAAGUCAAUGCGGACAGCUUACAGCCAGAGUGGUGCAGGCAGCAUCAAGGUAGCUGCUCCACAGAUGGUAUUUUAAAUAUGCCAUGAUCACAUUUACAUUUUGUACUCAAUAAAUAUAUAAUUAAUAAAAUUUAUAUUAAAA